CCAUGAAAUUGAAUAAAAUCAAAUCAGCAAACAUAUUAUAAAAAAACAAUAACAAAAGGGGAACAUGCCAACACGUUCAUCAGUCUGACCAAGCAAGCAAAAGAUAAGAAAAAGGAAUGGGAGUGCACAUCCCCAUGUCUUAAAGCGACCGCUUAUCAUCAUCGGCUACACACUUAACCCACAAUCAGAAAUUUUCCUUUUUCUCUUUCGUAUAUACAAAUACAUAUACAGAUAUACAUAAUUUGGAGCAAGCUAGCAUCAAAGAAAAAAGAAGGGGGAGAGAUGGGGAGAAGAUGGCUGAGGGUUGUAGGGAGGAGAGUUCUGAGGAGAUCGGAGACGGCCAUAACGCUCAUCACUUCACCAGCCGACCCCCUUCCCUCCCUUCAGCACCUCGCAGCCAUCAAAAUCCAGUCUUUCUUCAGAGCUCACCUGGCACGGAGAGCGUUCAGGGCGCUGAAGAGUCUGGUGAAGCUGCAGGCGGUGGCGAGGGGGGUGUUGGUGAGGAGGCAAGCACGAAUCGCCUUACACUGCAUGCAUGCUCUCGCCAGAUUGCAGGUCAGAGUUCGUGCUCGCCAGCUCCUCCUCCAUGCCUAACCUUUGAUUCAUCUUCUACGUACCCUUCUUUUCUUUCUCAUUUUCCUUCUGAAAUCCCUUACAUAUAUACAUACACAUAUACUUAUUACACAUACGGUGGCCAUAUGUACGUAGAUGUUUUCACUGGUAUAGAAUAACCAAAUUCUAUAUAUGGAAAUAGUUGAGUGAGUAUAUAGCUAACAUCUAAUCUUUGUUUGUUUGGAAAGAAAAGGCCUCCUUUCCUUUUACUCCA